GUCUCCACUCUUCAGUGUAAAUCCAAGAUGUCCUCAUGGUGUUCUAUAGAUGGGGCUCCUAUAACAUUUUCCGUUCGUUCUACAUGAUGACUUCUUCUAUGGAAUUACCAUUUUACUCACGUCGUUCCCCGGUUCUCUCCAUUAAUGGUGCAGUUGCAACCAGCCAACCGCUGGCUUCUCAACUUGGACUUCAGAUUCUCAAAGAUGGCGGCAAUGCUGCUGAUGCUGCAGUAGCUAUAGCAGCUGCACUCAACGUUACAGAACCUUGUAGUACUGGGAUUGGUGGUGAUGCCUUCUGCCUCUAUUAUGAUGCAGGAAAUAGAAGAGUUUUGGGUUUGAAUGGAAGUGGUCGAGCUCCAGCCAACCUUACAUUAGAUCAUCUACGCAGUGAAGGAAUUGCUUAUCCAGCCAGCAUCCCAAAUUGCUCAGGGCAUGCUGUUACUGUUCCUGGCGCCGCAGCAUGCUGGGUCGAUACUGUAGAUAUGUUUGGUAGCAAAAAGCUAUCCAUGCAGCAAAUCCUCCAGCCAGCCAUUGAGCUGGCAGAAGUUGGUUUUCCUGUCCAUGACAUUGCAGCUCAUUUGUGGAAGAAAGAUUCUCUGUGUCUGCAAACCAAAGCCAACAAGUAUGGUAGCGACAUGUUGAUUGAUGGUCAACCACCACAAGAAGGAGAUGUCAUGAUACUGCCUUAUUUAGCCAACACAUUCAAGGAACUUGCCAGGCACGGGAAAGAUGGUUUCUACARGGGUCGAAUUGCAAGAGCAAUAGUUGAUGUUGUUAAUGAGCAUGGCGGUGUAAUGACCUUGGGUGACCUUGAGGCACAUCAUUCAACACAAGAAAUACCAAUAUCUACUAACUACAGGGGAAUUGAGGUUUAUGAAAUACCACCAAAUGGGCAAGGAAUUACAGCGCUAAUGGCACUUAACAUUCUGGAGGGRUUUGAUAUUAAAAGUAUGGGGCAUAAUUCAGUUGAAUAUCUUCAUGCAUUGACUGAGGCAUUAAGCUUGAGUUUUGCCGAUGCAUUUUGGUACAUAGCUGAUCCCAGUAAAGCUCAUGUCCCAAUCAAAGAGAUGAUUAGCAAAGAAUACGCCUCAAAAAGAACACAGCUUAUUCAAAAGGACAGAUGUCUUAAGAGUUACAAUAGAGGUGAAUUAUUGUCCAAGUCUGACACUGUAUACUUCACUGUGGUGGAUGGCCAAGGAAAUGCCUGCUCGUUUAUUAAUAGCAAUUACCAUAAGUUUGGUACUGGUCUUGUACCAGAAGGCUGUGGAUUCACUUUGCAGAAUCGGGGGAUUAGUUUUUCACUGGAUCCAAACCAUCCGAAUGCUUUGAGUCCAGGUAAACGGCCAUACCAUACCAUAAUACCAAGUAUGGCUACAUAUGGCGAUACUGGUGAACUGUAUGCUAGUUUUGGUGUAAUGGGUGGAUUCAUGCAGCCUCAAGGACACGUCCAGGUGCUUGCCAACAUGGUCGAUUUUGGGAUGAACCCACAACAAGCCUUAGACGCACCUCGACUUUGUAUCACCCCUGGUGACCCAAACAAGGAAGUUUCCCUUGAAGACGGGAUUCCUGAUGCUACCAUAAAAGGACUUAAGGACCUUGGACAUAAUGUCAAGGGGCCCAUUUUAGGUUAUUCAAGGUCUCUAGUAUUCGGCAGGGGACAAAUUAUCGCAAGAAAAAAAGGACGUAUGAAAUGUGGAGGGGAAGCAGUAGUUUACUGGGCAGGAUCCGAUUCCCGUGCUGAUGGAAUGGCGAUAGGAUAUUGAUAGUUAAAAUAACUUUCUAUUUAUAUUUAAGAAUAAAGGCCUUUUUUCUCUCUUU